GCAUCGUGAAUUACAUUCGGACGAAAGAGGAAGAAGAUGUCGGGUAUGGGGGACGGGUACGUGGGCACGUCUCAAGACGGAGUGAGGAUACGGCGGCUGCAGAAGCAAAGAGAGGCUGAACGUCGUAAGAUUCAGGAGUUGAAGAGCAAGACUGCUUCGGGCCAGGAGCAGUCAGGUCUUCUCCAAUUCGGCUCCAGCUCCUGCGAGAUUCUUGACACUGCUUUCAAGAAGGAGACAGUCGGUUUAGUUACAAGAGAGGAAUAUGUUGAGAAGAGGGUUAAUAUUCGUAAUAAGUUCGAGGAAGAAGAGAAGGAGAAAUUGCUCAAGCUACUCCAAGAGGAAGAGGAGCUUCAACAACAGAAGCGUACCAAGAAGAGAAAGUUGAAGGGAAGCUCGCGCUUAUCUUUUGCUGAAGAUCUUGAAGAUGGCAGUGAUGAUGAUGAUGAUAAUGGAGAAAACAAGAGUUCUGGGAACUUGCGCUACGGAAAACUUGGCAAGGACCCCUCAGUGGAAACCAAUUUUCUGCCUGACAGUGAGAGAGAGGCGGAGGAACAAGCAGAACGUGAAAGGCUAAAGAAGCAGUGGACUCGUGAACAAGAGCAGAUUAAAAACGAGCCUCUUCAAAUUACUUACAGUUAUUGGGAUGGGACUGGCCAUAGACGAGUUAUCCAGGUCCGAAAGGGUGACGCAAUUGGGACUUUUCUAAGGGCUGUUCAACAACAGCUUGCCCCUGACUUCAGGGAGAUUAGGACGGCAUCAGUUGAGAAUUUGCUAUAUGUAAAGGAAGAUCUUAUAAUCCCACAUCAACACAGUUUCUACGAGCUGAUCAUUAACAAAGCUAGGGGGAAGAGUGGCCCGCUGUUUCACUUUGAUGUGCAUGAAGACGUGAGAACAAUUGCUGAUGCAACGAUCGAGAAAGACGAGUCGCAUGCGGGGAAAGUGGUGGAGAGGCAUUGGUACGAGAAGAACAAGCAUAUCUUCCCUGCUUCCAGAUGGGAGAUAUACGACCCGACAAAGAAGUGGGAACGGUACACAGUCCAUGGGGAUUAAUUGAUUUGUGGAGCAGAACAUGUUUUAUCGAUGGAUCAUCACUUGGUUUACCUGGAAUCUUUUUGAACAUGAUCUAUCAGACUUGGUGUACUAGUAGUGGAAUGUUGAUGGAAUUUGUUUAAUGAAUUUUAUUCUUAUCUAUUGUCAACCAAUUCCUCUAUGACACCCCAAUUGCACUCUCUCAUAAUUUAUAUUUUCUUUAAUA